CUGCUUUGCGGAAGUGUACUGGGGGCGGCCGGCUCGUGGAAGAUGGCGGGAGUGGAGAGCAGCUCCCGGUACCCGGAGGGAUCGGCGCUUCAGGACCCGCUGUCCCGCUUCACCUGCCCCGUCUGCUUGGAGGUGUUUGAGAGCCCCGUGCGGGCCCCCUGCGGCCAUGUCUUUUGCACUCCAUGCCUGCAGGAAUGUCUGAAGCCUAUUGAACCAGUUUGUGGAGUCUGCCGCAGUACCCUGUCUCCUGGCAGUAGAGCUGUGGACCUGGAACAGCAAAUUGAAAUGACAGAAACCACUUGUGAUGGCUGCAAUAAAAAAAUGUACCUCUCAAAGAUGCGUAGUCAUGCAGCUUCUUGUUCAAAAUACCAGAAUUAUAUAAUGGAAGGCGUUAAAGCUGUAACUAAAGAACCACCUCGUAACACCAGGAAUGUUCCAAAUCGUUUUACCUUUCCUUGUCCUUACUGCAGUGAGAAAAACUUUGAUCAGGAAGGACUAGUUGAACAUUGCAAAAAAUACCACAGCAUGGAUGCAAAACAAGUGGUUUGCCCAAUUUGUGCCUCGAUGCCAUGGGGAGAUCCAAAUUACAGGAGUGCUAACUUCAUGGAACAUCUUCAACGGCGACAUCAGUUUUCCUAUGAUACUUUUGUGGAUUAUGAUGCUGAUGAAGAUGACAUGAUGGCACAGGUUUUACUACGUUCCUUGAGGGAUCAGUGAACUAAGUGGGAGAUAAACUGUAUGAUACCAGCCUUCCAUUAGAUGAAAAUACACAGCAUCCCUGACACCUGUCCCUUCUCAUCCCAAGAUGAUCCCACACAUCUGAAAAUAAAUAUAGAAGAUUUUUGAA